GGUGCUGGUCGCCAAAUAAGACAACAUUUGCCAAAUACGGACUUAUAUUAAUUACAUAUUGCACAAAAACCGAUGCAUUAAGCACAUUGCAUUACUAUUACUAGUUGCAGAUGGAGUCCUGUAUUUAAACGCAAAGUUAAAAUAAUUAUAAUUAAAAAUAAAUUAAGCCAAUUAAUGAAUCGUCAAUAAUUUACAGUGAACAGUUAAGGAAGCAGUGAUUCCGCGAAUACAAAAACAAGAUAUUAAUUGAAAAAUUCCGAAAUCACAAAGUUCCAACCGUAAAAACUGAUUAAAAACUUGUCUCAAAUCAAAAGUCCUUUGUAAUAUAUGCACCAAUCGAAAAUGUCGUUAACAACUUUGGGUAAACAGAAUGACCUCUCUUUGGUUAUUGAUGAAGGACUCGCUUUGCAACUGGCCGAAUCGCAAGUCGAUAAGGGAGAAGUGCUGGCAAACCGCUUGGAGGAUAUUAGCGUUCAUUUAAAGCAAUUGAAUCAUCUCAAUCAGUAUAUAAAAUUAACCGAAGAGCUGAAUGAACACAAGAAAAAUGACGCAUGUCCAUCAACAUCAAAUGGCUGUCCGAUUGCGUACAUGCAACGCCCAAUUCGUUUAAAGAAUAUUGAAGGCAAAUCGGAAGUAUAUGACAAAUUGCAUUUGAAAGGACAAAAGAAUUUAUCAUGCUCAAAAUCGACAUGUAUGAGCAGUGUUAUGGUGUUCUACACAGUUUCGUCAGAGCCACGCCCUCAAGAAGAAGUGCUCGAACAAGCUAGAAACUUGCUAGAGCAAUAUUUUACUUCAAUGAAAAAGGCAUCUAGUAUGCGGCAUGCGGCUCGCUGGAGGGAAGUGCAGUUGAGUAUUGAAGCAACUGGUGAAUAUCAAUUGACCGAAGCUGAAUUAACUUUUGGCGCGAAGGCGGCUUGGCGUAAUGCUUCCCGUUGUAUUGGACGCAUUCAAUGGUCAAAAUUGAAGGUAUUUGAUUGUCGUCAUGUGACCACUACAAAGGGCAUGUUCGAGGUCUUGUGCAAUCAUAUCAAAUACGGCACAAACAAAGGUAAUAUUCGUUCUGCAAUUACGAUUUUCCCUCAACGUACGGACGGUAUCCACGAUUAUCGCAUUUGGAAUAGCCAACUUAUUUCCUAUGCUGGUUACAAACAAAGCGAUGGCUCGGUUGUUGGUGACCCCAUGAAUGCUGAAUUCACUGAUGUAUGCUUGAAAAUGGGUUGGAAAAGCAAAGGCACUGAAUGGGAUAUUCUGCCAUUAGUAGUUUCCGCCAAUGGAGAAGACCCGGAAUUAUUCGAAUACCCAGCUGAUUUAAUAUUAGAAGUGCCCUUUUCGCAUCCAAAGUACGAGUGGUUCACUGAACUGGAUUUGCGCUGGUACGCUCUCCCAGCUGUCUCAUCCAUGAUGUUUGAUGUGGGCGGCAUUCAAUUCACCGCCGCUGCAUUCAGCGGUUGGUACAUGUCCACUGAAAUCGGUUGCCGCAAUUUGUGUGAUACAAAUCGACGCAACGUAUUGGAGACCGUUGCGAAUAAAAUGAAACUUGAUACACACACAACUUCUUCCUUGUGGAAAGAUAAAGCUCUGGUUGAAGUUAAUUUGGCUGUCUUGCACUCAUUCCAAACUCGCAAUAUUACAAUUUUGGAUCACCACACGGCUAGUGAGAAUUUCAUGAAACAUUUCGAAACUGAAUCAAAAACACGCAACGGGUGUCCAGCUGAUUGGAUUUGGAUUGUUCCACCACUAUCUAGUUCUGUAACUCCAGUUUAUCAUCAAGAAUUUGCACUGUACUAUUUGAGGCCUUCAUUUGAUUAUCAACAUCCCGCUUGGAGGGUGCAUGUGUGGGAGAAAGAACGCGGCGAAAUCAAGCCUAGGCGCAAAUUCAACUUUAAGCAAAUUGCAAGAGCCGUUAUCUUCACAUCCAUUUUAUACACGCGUGCUUUGGCCAGACGAAUUAAAGCCACCGUCUUGUAUGCCACUGAGACCGGCAAAUCUGAACAAUAUGCUAAACAAUUAUCUGAGUUGCUGGGACACGCCUUCAAUACACAAAUCUACUGCAUGUCAGACUAUGAUAUUUCCAAAAUCGGGUACGAGUCUCUCCUUCUAGUAGUUGCUUCCACAUUCGGCAAUGGUGACCCUCCAGAAAAUGGAGAGCUAUUCUCGCAAGAUUUGUACGACCUGCGUGAGAACGCAGCAACCAAUAAGGAUAGAGACUUUGAUGUCACUUCCUCUAAAUAUCAAGGACUUAACCAAUCAAAGCCCUUGAAGAAAUUAAGCUUCGCCGUUUUUGCACUUGGUUCUACGACCUAUCCGAAUUUCUGCGCAUUUGGAAUUUAUCUAGAUAAAAUUCUUUGUGAACUUGGUGGCGAACGACUUUUUGAGGUCACAUGUGGUGACGAAAUGUGUGGUCAAGAGCAAACAUUCCGUAAAUGGGCACCAGAAGUUUUUAAAUCUGCUUGUCAGAUAUUCAAUUUAGAUUAUGCAGAAGGCUUGUCCGAUGCCUUCCAUGACGAUACACUAACAGCGAGUACUGUGCGCAUGGUGCCAUCACAACGAGAAGGUACUGUUGAACAACUACUUUCUAAAUAUCACAAUAAGAAGGUGCAACGCUACAAGAUGAAAUCAGCACCUCGCAACCUUACUAAAAUUGUUGAAGAUGAGAAGCCUACUAUUUUGGUAGAAAUUUAUGCCCCUGGCUUGGAUUAUGAACCAGGUGAUCAUGUAGGGAUUUUCCCUGAAAAUCGCAGUGACAUCGUAAAUGGUGUGUUGAAGCGUCUUACCGGCUUCGAAGAUCCCGAUGAAGUACUACAAGUACAAGUGAUGAGAAAGAAAAAAACUCCCAAUGGCACCUUCAAUUGCUGGGAACCCCUGGAAAAGAUACCUGCAGAAACACCACGUGCACUUUUGACACAUUUCUUCGAUAUAACUACACCAGCUCAGCGAGAACUUUUGAACUUGUUAGCAGAUUUCUGUGAUGAUAACUAUGAUACCGAACGUUUGCAGAAGCUUGGCAAUGAUUCCGCAGCAUAUGAAGAGUGGCGUCAAUUGCAUUUACCCACAUUACUGACUGUUUUGGAACAAUUUCGUUCCUGCAAACCGCCCGCUGGUUUGCUCUUCGGUAACCUCAUGCCAUUACAAUCACGUUUCUAUUCCAUUUCAUCGUCACCACGCAAGGUCAUUAACGAGAUACAUUUGACUGUGGCCUUUGUAAAAUACAAGAAUCAAUGUCGCAAUGAACGUUUCGGCGUUUGCUCGGGCUACUUGGCCAACAUGGAAGCGCAAGAGCCCCUAUACUUCUUUGUUCGAAGCGCGCCCGGUUUUCAUUUGCCAAAACAUACAUCAGAACCAAUGAUACUUAUUGGACCUGGCACUGGAAUUGCGCCUUUCCGUUCAUUCUGGCAAGAGUUGGAAGUAUGGCGGGAGUUAAGGAUGCAACGCUCGAAGGUAUGGCUUUUCUUUGGUUGCCGUACACGUGAAAUGGACUUAUAUGCUGAGGAAAAAGCUUGGCUGGAACGUGAGAAGAUCUUGGAUCGAGUAUUAUUGGCACUGUCACGUGAUCCAGAAACACCCAAAACCUAUGUUCAACAGCAAAUUGAAAAAGAAUUUGAUUCCCUCUACCAACUAGUUGUCGAAGAGAAGGGGCAUGUUUACGUUUGUGGUGAUGUUACAAUGGCUGAAGAUGUCUACCAAACCAUUAGGAACUGCAUCGCUAUAAAAGAACAAAAAACUGAAGCGGAAGUAGAAGCGUUUUUGCUGACAUUGAGACAUGAGAACCGUUACCACGAAGACAUAUUCGGUAUAACGUCGCACGUUGGCGAGGCGCGCAACAAAUCAUCACUACGACGGGGUUCACGAACAUUAAAUGCGUUAUAGAGCAAUCUUCGAUCUGCAGAACUCGCCAUCGAGAAACAAAGGUAUAACAAAAAACCUUGCAAAAUAUUUAAUGUUUUUUAUUUG